AUGGGCGCCCCAUUCCAAGCAGUCAAGUGCAGUAAUAGCCUUAGCUUCCUCUACCUCACCAUUAAGUACGAACUGAUAACCAAGUACAAAGAUGGGAAAGAAGUCGGGAGGCCGAGUACGGGUCAAGCAGACCGAAAGUAUCAGGUUAUUUGGCCCAUCCAGGAAACCUUCUCGAUGGAUUUGACGGGUUUUCAAAUCAUCUACCCGUCCUACAUUGACUCCAACAAAACAGUCAAGAUGGGGCGCCGUCUCUCGAAGGAAGAGUCUGUCCCGACUCCCACUGUAACGGAUAUUUCCUAUGCAUUGCAAAAGCUAAGUGUUCGCCAUGCAGUACAACCCUACAAAGGUUAUUCACGGGAUGUGUCAUGUCAAUGGGACAACCCAGGACGCGUUCUGGUAGAUGUGCCCACGACAAUGAUUGUUCCAGAGGGAGCCACAACGGAGAACCCAAAAAAGUUGCUGAUGAAAGAGUUGGCCAAUAUCAUUCCGGACCUACCCUAUCGCAUAGAGCGGUUAAAGCGAGAGGCAGAGGAAGAAAAGGUCAAACAAGAAGAGCAAAAGAAACUACAAGCCGCCGCCAAUAGCUCGGCGCAAGCUGCAGCUGCCAAGAAGAAUGCUUCCAAAGCAGCAACAUCCAACAAAAAGAAAAACAAGGGCAAAAAGAAGAAAUAA